AUGACUGGUGCCAAGAUGAGUAUGUGGUCUUGUAGAUGUUUCAAACAUCUUGGUAGUACAAAAGGAACAAUUAACGAUGCCUUUGACAUAGUAGGUCCCCCUCUGAGGGUUCCUAGAGUACUACCAUUAAGACUGGAUAAACUUAGUAAAUCCUUUAUCUUUCAUCUUGCAGAGUGGUCAGUCUUGGAGGAAUCAUUGGUUGGUCUUGGCGGCAUCUAG